CUGCGUAUUCGGAGUUAUCCACCAUGAAUGGAAGACUUAUUGUGCUGUGGCUUCUGAUCAUCUGUAUCGCAGCAGGUGCUGCACGCAGGAGGUCUAAGAAAAAGGAUGAGGUCAGAAAGCCUAAUUGUCCUACUGCAAAGACCUUCGGAUGCGCAAAGAUUUGGCUCCCUGUGUGCGGCAGUGAUGGAGUCACAUAUAGCAAUGAGUGUCUCCUCUGCAUGAAGAUGAGUGAAUCCAAACAGGAAAUCUCGAUCGCCAAAAAUGGACACUGCUGACCAGUAUGGUUGAUAAAAUCAACACUGUAAGGCAGCCCAGAAAAGUCCACUGUUGUCUCAUUGUAAUAAAGUCUAAGUUUGAUCAAACUGUGA